AUGGACGAAGCCACUAUUACAGCGCCUUCUGUUAGCGCCACAGCCGCUCUAUCAUUCACGACUGAUAUGGAUGAAGAAUCCAAGAAGCUGAUGGACGGCGAACGGUCGUGUAUUUUCGAAGUGCGCAUUGAGCAAGCCGAUCUUUGUCGUCAACGGGGCUCGACACAGUUCCAGGCUGGAAAUACAGACGAGGCCGUCAAGUGGUACGAACGUGCUCUUUAUCACGUGGACUUUGAUGAGGGAACGUGGCAUUUUGAGUUUACUAACAAGAAUCGAGCCGAUGUGAACGUGGUACGGCUGCCAGUGUACUUGAAUCUUGCAGCUUGUUAUUUGCUGCAAGGAGCGCCAAAAGAUGGCGAGCCGGACUUGAAGUUGUUGGCGAAGGUGGUUGAAAACGCGGAUUUGGCACUUGCUAUUGAUCCGAAAAAUGAUAAAGCACUCUAUCGUGGUGGACGUGCGUUAUUGCUUACGGGAGAUUUAGAUAGAGCAAAGGAGAAGCUAACUAGAGCUGCUAAACACCACCCAACGGAUGGAAAUAUCCGUAAAGCCAUGAUGAUGUUGAAGGAAAAAGUGGCAGAAGACAAGAAGGAGGAAAAGGUUCGCUGGGGUGGCAGGCUGCUUGGUAAGGACGAGGAAGUCGAGAGUAAAACUGCUUACAAUCAGCGUCCGUUGCAGCUGAAGAAAACUUCCGGAGUCCAGUCACGCGCUGUGGAUGUUUGCCGUUGUGCUCAUCGGUAUCGCCUUGGCUCUGGGUCAACUAAGUUUCGUGGAGUAGCUGAGGUGCUGAAGACGCUAAAAGCGGCGCAACGUCGCUUGACAAAUUCAUCCGGCUCCUAUGGUUGUCAAAAAUCGUAUAUUGUUCGCCAUGCCUGA